GACAACAAAUACAAGGCAUAUUGGUCAUCAAACCUAACAGCGAAAGGAGGAGUUGGAAUACUCGUAAGUAAAGAACUGGUACCACACAUAUACAAAGUUCAUUACAUUGAAGGUUAUGCAAUAAGAGUAGAUUUCUUGUUCAAAGGCACCAAUGGACUAUGUAUCAUAAUUAUUUAUAGCCCAAAUGAUAAAAAAACAAAAAAAAUUGAAGUAGAAGGGAAAAUAAUAAAGUGGUUAAACGAAUUAAACCAAAGCAAUAAUAACGUGAUAAUUUUAGGUGAUUUCAAUGCAACUCCAAACCCAAAAAAGGAUAGAAAAGGAAAGAGAAAUUCAUCAGCACCAGAAUCUUAUUUGUUGAAGGAAAUGGUGAAAUCAAAUUGGAUUGAUGUGAUGCGCUAUUUUCACGAAGAAGAGGAAAAAUAUACAUGGAGAAACAAUGAAAAUGCUAGUAGAAUUGAUCAGGUAUGGAUGGAAAGCAACAGUAUAAACCUGAUCCAAACAUAUAUACAACAAGAUGCAAGACUGAUCACCACCAGUGAUCAUGAUAUAAUAGGAUGUAAAAUACAAAAUUUACAGAAAAAUAAUAAUUGUGGAAAAAAUACAAUACUAAAUCAUAAAAGGACAAUUUUUAACUUUAAAACUACCACAUCAAAAGAGUGGGAAAACUAUCAAACAAACCUAGAAGAACGAUUAAAAAAUUCCCAACUAUCUAUUGAUACACUCGAAAUCAUUCAAGACAACAAACAAAAACUGAACAUAUUAGAGUCCUAUUGGCAAAGAAUGAGCAAAUGUAUAUGGGAAGCAGCAAAGCAAACGAAGUUAAUAGCAAAAGUCAAAAAAGGAGACAUAACUAACAAUCUACUACCACAAGAUAUAAAUUUCAUUAAUUACAAAAUAAAAGAAUUACAAACAGAGUUAGACAUCCAAAUACCUAAUUUUCCAGAAAUAAUCGAAAAUAAUAAUAUAGAUAUAUGGGUUAAAGAGAUGUGGUCAAUAUGGAAAAUCAUUUUCAAAUCCAAACAAAUUGCUCAACAAACAUAUAUAAGGAACAAAAUAGACCAAGCAAUUGAUGAAAGAUGCAGGAAUAUGGAACUAGAUCCUAGCAGAAUGAUAAACAGUAUAUUAGAAAGGAAUAGGAAACCUUUAAUCAUCGAUAAAAUAAUAGACAAUGGAAACGCUAAUCCAAUAAUGAUCACAGAACCAGAGGAAAUCCUAAAGAAAACAAAAAAUUAUUUUGCAAAAACAGCUCAACAAAGAAGCCAAGAUCGUGUAGAAUUUAUUAGAAAUUGGUCACAACAAUACCAACCAAAAAAAGAAAUAGAUAAAAACUGGUAUGAUCAAAUCAUGAAACAAAUAGUCAGAGAGGAGCUAAUGGAAAUACUAACCAAAUGUAAUAACCAAAAAGCUGCAGGAGAAUCAGGCAUUCCAUAUGAACUUCUAAAAAAAAUGGGAGAAAAUAACAUACCAUAUCUUCUAGCAAUGCUCAAUCUAUGUAUACUCAAGUUAAACAUACCUAGUAAUUGGAAAAAUACAAUGAUAUACCCAAUACCAAAAAAGGCAAAUUGGGAAGGAAAAUUGGCAGAUAUAAGACCAAUAACCCUAAUAGAAACGACCAAAAAAAUACUGACUAAGAUCCUCACAUCAAGGUUGAAUAAAAUUUUGGUUAAAAAUGAAAUUCUCAAAGGAAAUAACUGUGCUGCAUUACCAGGUACCAGCACACAUGAACCAUUACAUAUAUUAAACAAUAUCAUGGAAGAUGCAAGAGAGAAAAAGAAAGAACUCUGGUUGCUCUUUCUUGACAUAAGCAAAGCUUAUGAUUCAAUGAGUAUCUAUAUGUUAGAAAAGGCUCUAAGCAGAAUUAAAAUCCCAGAUAAUUUUAAAGAAUUAUGUUUAAACACUUUAAAAAAUAGGCAAAGUAAGAUAAUUACAAGUGUGGGAUUAACAAGUAACUUCAGAGUUGAAGAUGGGAUAGAACAAGGAGAAGCAUGGUCACCUAUACUAUGGCGUAUCUUCUAUGACCCACUUCUUUGUGAGUUAGAUAAAUUCAGCCAACAUGGUUAUCAGAUGAAAACUCAAUAUAGAACAGACACAAGGCAAGAGGUGAUAUGUACAAUAAAGAAAACAAUAACUCAUGCAGCGUUCAUGGACGAUACAACUUUAAUAGGGAACAACUUAGAAGGUAUGACCAAAUUACACCAAAUUACAAAAUCCUUUUAUAAAGCCAAUGACAUCAAAGACAACCCAAAUAAAUCAGUGUUAAUAAAUAUAAAUGCAAAGGAAAAAGAAAUGCAAUUGGAUGACAAUACCAAAAUCACCGCAAUUAAAAAAAGUGAAA